AUGCAUGCAAGAAAAUCAACUGGGGGAUCUGUUCCUGAAACCUUUUCUGUUCAAGGUAGAGAGGGUUCUGCUUAUGUUCACAAUGCGAUCGCAGGUAUUGUCACAAGAAUCUUGAAUGAAGGGCACAAGGUGGAAGGGAUAUCUGUUCCUCUAGCCCAGAUGUCUGCCUCUGAGAACAGCAAGGAUGAUCAAGAUGGUCAAGAUGAUGUUAGCAAAGAUCAGGAUAAUGUUGAGACAUCGGCUGAUAAAAAUGAUGAGACCCCUGUUGCUAAAUAUGUUGAGACAUCUGAGUUUAUUGUCAAUUUGUCUCAAGACUGUGCUGAUGGUAGAACAGAUGAUUUUCAUAAAGUUUAUGUUAGAAGAAAAUGCAUAGAGUUCUCCCCUACUGCUAUAAAUCACUGUCUAGGUAGAAAUGCUGAAGCUCAACCUGAGCUUGAAGUAACUGAUAAUGAGGUUUGCAACACCAUCACUGGUGGUAAGGUUAAAAAGUGGCCCAUCAAAAGUAAACUGUCUGCUAGUCUCUUGACUGUCAAGUAUGCUCUGCUGCAUAAAAUUGGCGCUGCCAACUGGGUGCCCACCAAUCACACCUCUACCAUUGCUGUUGGCUUAGGUAGAUUCAUUUAUGCUAUAGGGACCAAGACUGUGUUUGACUAUGGGACCUAUAUUUUUGAUCAGACUAUGAGACAUGCUGGUACCUCUGCCACUAAGCUUCCUAUUGCCUUUCCAUCCCUAAUAUGUGGAAUCAUCCUAAAGCAAUACCCUGGCAUCUUGAAAGCUAAAGAUUCUGUCUGCAAGAGGGAAAGUGCUUUGACUUUUCACUACAAGCUGCUUCAAAGGACUGAUGCAUCAACAUCUGCUGGGAAAUCUCAAACUAGCAAGGCUGUGACCAAAGCCUCUCUUAUAGCUGAGCUGAAGGAGACUUGCAAAGAGCUGGAAAAUAGAAAGAUGAAGCUUGAACAGCUUAUACAAAGUCUUGAGCAGUCUGCUGAUAGUGGUGAUGAUCAUGCUGCUGGUAGUGAUGGUGAGAAGAUGGAUGCUGAUAGUGAUGAUGAAUAUAAGGCUGAGGAUGAUGAGGAUGCUGAUGCCCAGAUUAGUAGCUCCAGUGAUGUGGAGAUGAGUGAGGAGGAUGAUGAAGUUACUGCUGGCUCUGAAGAUUAG